UGUCAGAAUUUAGCAUCCAUCUUCAUGCCAGACCAAACUCAAUACGCAGCAGCAGCCCAUGUUCCCCUCAUAAAAUCACCAGGUCUUCGAGUUCCUCCACCUGUACAUCUGCCACCAGACAUCCACCCUCUCCCAGAUAGCGUCACUCCAUACUUCGUCUAUCCAUACACACUAGAACCGCACAUACUCAUAGUCGAGUCUUCUCGGCGCACGACACUUGCUGCGCAUACGACAAGGAGAGAAGCGUAUCUUCGUGCGAGAGAGGACGAGCGUGAAUGGCGGAGAAGGGAGACACUCAGGCGUGUUGCACCGGGUUUUGAUCCUGCUGCGACCCUUGUGCCUGUCCGUGCUGAAGUUGGUGAGGUUAAGAUGGAUGUGAUGGACCAGCUUGUGGAUCAGCUUGCCAGGAUGGAAAAUUCCAGUUAGGAUGCCAUGCUAGUCGCCGUGCUUUGUAUUCUAACACUCUUAGUCUCAAUCUAAUCUUUCGAUGUGACACUCCCA